AUGCGGACCUUUAUAUGCGGACCCUUUUGCGGGCCCUACCUCAGUAAUGAGCCUUCUGCAGGUUCACCUACAAAGACCUUGUUACGACUUCUACUUCCUCUGAAUUAACAAGUUUGACCAAGUUUUCGGCUCUUUUGUCUGUCUCACCGACAACGUUAUCAAUCUCUCACCUGCCCGACUAGCAGCAAAACGAGACGAAGGAUUGACCAUGGAUGCCUGAAAUGGUGUCAAGGGUUUGAGCAAAUCAACAAAGCGGCUGACAGUCUCUGGAACACUAUUUCAAAGGGCAUCACUCCUCAGACUAUCCAAAAUGAAUUCGAAAUCAAUUCGCCCACCGCCCUGGCAUUACUGUCACCGCCGAACUAUCAUCGAUGGAGAAAUGUUGACUGAGGACGUCGGUACUGACUCCAUGGUUGUUGAUACGGUGGAAAGCCUUUUUCUGCGGAGAGAAGCGAGGCGAAGACCAAGACGAUCCUUGAAAGUCUAGGAGGCGGAGAUGUUGCUUCGCAUCUCUCUCAUACCUCCACCUCAUGAAGAGUCAUCUCUUGACGACAUUGUCUGUUGCCAUGAAAAAACAAUACCAAAGAGGCAAGCCAGAGAGAGGACCUGAUCAUACACACGAGAAAGGGACAGAACCAGAUCAUAUACAAAAGCAAGAGAGAGGAUCAGAUCAUACACACACAUACACACAAUCAGCGCAGGCAAAGCAUUCCGAGUUCUACAUUUGUUGCCAUGAAAAGGAAAUACCAAAGAGGCAAGCAAGAAAGAGGACUAGAUCAUACACAGACGGACAUGCGAAUCAGCGCAGGCAAAAAAAACACAAUCUUCUCUCUUUCUCAAGCUUUGGGCAUUUAUCGCCUUGGAGUUUUUAGAGUUUGGGAGUUCUGCCCGACUCUUAAAGGGCGCAGUCUGCCACACACAAACACAACUACCUACCACAACGAACAAUCACCUUCCUACGGCGGCAUCCUCAAAACUGUAUCACUCUUCUUUCUUCAGGAGAGCACAGUCUAUCAUACACACACACACCUACCACAACAAACAAUUUCUUUGGUGCUGCAGCCUCUUCAAGAUCGUAUUACUCUGAACUCACCCUUCAAAAGGGCGCAGUCUGUCACACAUAUGACUAUCACAACGAACAAUCACUUCGCUGCUGCCUCAAAAUUGCAUCACUCUUCACCCUUGCACAGCUUGCCCCACACACACACACGCACACACAAUAACAACGAACAAUGACUUUACUGCAUCGGCUGACCCUAACCUCACCGAUCUCGCCAACCUAUCUCCGCUUUUACAAACCUUUGCCACAACUCAUCCCCGGCA